AGAUAUUUGGUUUUGUUUUAUUAUAUUUUCUGGGUAAACAAGUUUUUUGUUUGCAAUAUUUAAAGAAAAAAGAACUAUGUCUAUAGUUACCUUUGAGAAACCUGUGCCCAAAGUAGCAGAGUCUGAUUGGUAUUAUAAAAUAACUGAAUUAAAAGAAUCUUGUGACCAACACAGACAUUAUACGUUUGUAUUGGGAAAUGAAUCGCAAAAACUUAGGAAUGAUACAGAUGUCACUACUUAUUGGGGUACACAUAAUACCAAUUCUAAGAUCUUUGACAGACGCCUAGAAAUAACACGCUGGAAAUAUUUAAUUGAAUUAUGUUAUAAAAACUUGCAAAAAGAAAUAAAAGACUUGAAAAUUGAAAAAGAAAAAACUGAAAAAUUUAUUGAAUUUCUUGACUUGAACUUUACUGUUACAAAUCAUUGUUUGAGUAUAAGAGAUGAAAGGGGUGUUACAGAUUUGUGCCAUGAUAUUGCAUCUAUUGAAUUAAAAAAUGAACAAAACACUUUGGAAAAGCUUAAAAAUGUGUUAGUUGAAGUAUGCCAAAAUGCAUGGGAAAUGAUAAAUAAGUUGGAAGAGUUGGAAAUUUAUGUUGCUGAAGACUUAAAAAAAAAAAAUAACACUAUAAAUAUAGAUAGCAAGUUAUUAGAAAUGACAAAUGAUUCAAAUAAUAUUUCGCUCAAACCAGAUUCACUAAGAGUUCUAAAAGAUUUCAAUACAUAUGAAAAAUGGCUUCAACAAUGCAAUGAUGUAAAACAAAGAAUUGAAAAUGAUAUAAUUAGUUCAAAAAAAUUGCGCGAAACUAUGUUUGUACCUCAAAAUAAAACAAUAAAUGAUCUGUUAGCUCAAAAUGACAAAGUAAAUUAUAGUCUCAGAAGACGAAUUUAUGAUACAGAAAGGAUUAAAAGUGAAUUAGAAUGGCAAAAAUGGAAUAUGUUAACAGACAAGGAUACAUUUUUGAAAGAAAUUGAAAAUUUAGAAAACGCUUUGUACAGAAAACUGAAUCCUAAAAUGUUAGUUGAGACACGGUGCGAAGAAAGAUUGUAUAGAGCUGGUAUUGAACUAUGCCUUGAUAAAACUACUAUUGGAUUGCAUAAAGAACAUUUUCAACUCAAUAAUACCACUAAAAUGUUGAAUGAUAAGCUAAAUCAAGCAAAGGCUAUGCAUAAUGUUCUUAUUGAACAAAUAAAUGUGCUUGAUGAGCAAUUAAAAAAUAAGACUCAUGCAUUAAAUGUUGACCAGAAAUGUCUACAGUAUAGAGUACAAUUGGACAACCGGAAUUGUAGCUAAUCGUCUAAUCAAUUUUUUUUUUUUGCUAACAGGAUAAAAUAUUAUUGACAUUUUAGACCUUGAGAAAAUCACAAAAAAAAAAAAAAUGAUAAAAUAUUAUCAGAGCACAUAUUUUUGGACAAUUUCAUUUUUGGGUAAACUCACAACUGUUUUUUUUUUCUAGUUGCA